GAGAGAGAGAGAGAGAGAGGCACAAUCCCUCUCCGAUCCUCUCCCCGACCUUGCCAUGGUGCCCUCUCCCCGGCGAGGCGGGCGCCUUUGCCUGGUGCUCAUGCUGCUGCUUGGCCUGAUGGGGUUGGCUGUGGCCUCCAGCGGGGACAUCGACCCGCGCUUCCGGAACUGUGUGCGUGAGUGCAACAAGUCCAACAUAUAUGACCAAAUUAGCCUGCCCUACCGCCUCCUCCUGUGGGAUCGGGACGCCCUGUGCCGGUAUGACUGCAUGAGUGCCAUCGUCGAGCGUGAUCAGCUUGACUACCAGGCGGCCAUGGCCCUCUGGAAAAGGGGCGACCCGUCGAAUCCGAGCGGCCGGCCGCCCCACCCGCCGCGCGUGCACCAGUACCAUGGGAAGUGGCCAUUGCGGCGUCUGCUUCUGAUGCAGGAGCCAGCCUCUGUGCUGUUUUCGGUGGCCAACUUCCUGACCAUCCUCCUCGGCGCGCCAGUUCCACUGCUGGGCUGGUGCCGGCGGUGGUGGGCCUGGGGGUGGGCACGACGCCGGCGGCAUCGCCAGCGCUCCUCGGCCGGUGGGGGAAUCCCUGCCAAGCGCCUGGGCGAGCUUCGCCCUGCGGAAGAGCCGCUCUGGCCGCCGGGGGUGGCCUGCCAACGCCCAGGGGUCGACCGGGUCUGCCUGGCCGGCGGUAAGGCCGGUGCGCCUCCUCCGCUCGGUGUCCUCCAGCGCCCGGCGCCCUACACCACCUACCUGCCCCCUGUGAGCCCGGGAGAUGGGCCGAUGGCCGGCGGGGGGGACGCGCCUGCCUGUGGGCUUGGCCACCUGCGCCUCUCCACAAGCAACCCCCUCUGGCGAGCCCAGGCUCUCUACACGCUGGUCGGGCUGAAUACCUGGCUCUGGAGCGCGGUCUUCCACACUCGCGAUCUCUGGUGGACCGAGUAUUUGGAUUACUUCAGCGCCACCGCCUGGUCCCUGUGCUCGGUGUACCAUGCCAGUAUGCGAGCUCUGCCGGUGGUUCGAACUGGCCGGCCCCACCUGCUUUUCUCGGCCUUCUUGCUUUGCCUCUUCCUCGGGCACAUCGGUUACCUGGGCCUGGUGAGCUUCGACUACGGGUACAACAUGCUGGCCAAUGUUGUUGUCGUGUCGGUCAGCGGGGUCCUUUGGAUUUCUUGGGGCGCGAGCCAGCUGCUUCGGCACCGCCGUGCGGCGCGCCACGUCUGGCUCUGCAUUGGUUGCCUGGUCCUUUUGAGCGUCGGCAUGACGCUGGAGCUGUUGGACUUCCCGCCCAUCUUCUUCCGGACGCUGGAUGCACAUUCGCUGUGGCAUGCCUGGACGGCCCCCAUUUCGCUGCUAUUCUAUGAGUUCAUUCGCCGUGAUGUGCUCUUCAUCCGGCAGUUCGACCGGGACCUCUAUAACCUGGGCCGGGUCAGCAAGCGUGACUGAGGGUCGGAUUCGGGCCCUCUCCCCCUCCCCUGCCGCCCCCGAGAGAGGGGAAUCGCCGGCUUAGCCACAUUCCGCGGUCUCGUCGGGCGUGCCCCGGCCACUUCGGCAUGCAUCCCCCCCCCCCCCUCACCCCCCC